AUGACCAUCGUACACAUUGUAUUCUUCAAGUUUCGUACCGAAGUGACGGACGAGCACAAGCAGAAAUUCGUGACAGAGCUGAAGAAACUCAAAUCGUUACCCUGUGUUAAAGAGCAGCGACUUGUGGUAGGAGGAGCAUCCAUAACAGACCCCAUUGAGCGGAGCAAAGGGUUCGAAUUCGCUCUUCUCAGCUUCCACGAGGACAGAGCCGCGCUCGAAGAAUAUCAGAAAUCCGAUGAACAUCAUCGUGUCACGAGCACAUAUAUGUUCCCUUAUAAGGAGGAUUUGAUGAGAUACGACUUCGAGGUCGAUGAGGCGGAUGAACAUCUCUUGGGAUUUUUGCCUCUUGCUGCGUGCGACGGAAUUUUGCCGACUUGUACUUCAUGCAGCAAAUCAACCAAGGAAUGCGAAUAUCAAAGUGGGAGCGCUGUUGAUAGUCAAGCACGAGCGCGAUAUACACAGCAUCUUGAACAUCGAAUUCGUUGGCUAGAGGAUAUCAUCAGAGACAGAUGUCCUGAUGUAAACCUCAUGCAGGAUGCGAGCAUAGGAAACGCUCAAAACCCAGAUGAUCCCUCGGGCGCGCUGCUCGAUGUUGCAAUAGCUCUUGCACCAGAAGAGUUCCACGAGCCCACAGUGGGGGCCGAUGUCUCGAAUUUCGCUUACGAUACAUCGAUGGACAACAUUGAUGCCACAGCGAACAACACCGAGGUUUCAACCAGCAAUCCGCAACAUGCGGACUCCAGUCUGGCCCACCAAAUUGGCCUCGUGUCGCUACCCAACGGAGAGAAUCCACGCUAUAUCGGACCAUCCAGCGGUCACUUCUUCACCCAGCUUGUGUGCACAGCUAGCGCAUUGACUAAGACUACAAACCCAACUCGUCUCAAUCGUGGUAACAUCGCCCUUCAGCGCGAUAGUGCUCUUACCGAGAAGCUCCUCCGAGAUAUGCAAACACCGCUUCCGUCAAGCAAAGAAUUGACACAGGAACUGACCCGGACGUACUUCAGAACAAUUCAUCAACAUCUGCCGUUCUUACAUGAACCAACCCAUAUGGGGUUAAUAGAAGAAAUGUUCUCAUCUAGUGAGCCAGACCCAGUUGUCGCUUUUCAAGUCUACAUGGUGCUUGCCAUCUCGUCUAUCAUGCUAUCACGCAGAGACAGAGUUGUGCUGCCCAGCGAAGGUUGGGCCGCAAUGGCUAUGUCAUGCUUCGAGAAGACCCCGCUCGAGAGUUCGACUCGGGGGCUGCAGUGCCUCUUACUACUACACGUCUGGGGUAUGCACAGCCCUGCAACAAAACUGAAUGUUUGGUAUCUCAACUACCAAUGUAUCGCAAUGGUCGUAGAUCUCGGUUUGCAGAGAGACGUCACAUCUGCGUUGUCAAUAUCACGAUUCGAUCAAGAAAUGCGAACGAGGCUUUUCUGGGUCGUAUACAGCUUGGACAGAUCUCUGUGUACAAUGAUGGGUCGCCCAAUAGGGUUGAGAGAUGAAGCAUGUGACUUGAGGCUUCCCGCAGAUAUCGAUGACACAAGUUUGGCACAAGCAAAUGUCAGAUCCAGAACAGCCGACGAGCCUCCUAAUCACAUGAGCUAUGCCAUACACUUGUUCAAACUUGCCAGACUCAACUCGGAGAUGAAGUACAUCCUCCAUAGCAUUUCUCGAGAAACGCCAGCCUAUGCUUAUCCAGCAGUGCGCUGCAUGAAGACCUGGCAAAGGGAUAUGACUAAUCGUCUCGAUCAAUGGGCUGCUGGGAUGCCACAAACGGCAGGUCCCAAAGACUAUGUGGCAAAGCUCUGUGAUAUCCGCUAUCACGUGUUGAAGACCCUACUUUUGCGGCCAAGCCCUGGCAUACCUCAACCGAGCUCAGAUGAUUUGAUGGCAUGUUAUAAAAGUGCUAUAACAGCUAUCAGGCUUUACCACGAGCUAUAUAUCGAAAAUUUGCUAGUGUUCAGUUGGGCAUCUUAUCAUUCGAUUAUGAUGAGUUCAGUCACAGCAUUCUUUUGUAUCUGGACCUGUCCAUCAGUUGCACAAGACGCUGUGAUUGAUGAGCUUGUCUCUGAUCUACGCGCAGCAUCUAACAUCCUCAGUGCUACAGGCGAGCAUUGGCCUGGAGCGAAGCGAAGUCGUGACAUUCUGGAUGAGUUGUCGCACAGGACUAUCAGCUGGAUGAUGGAUCGCAAGAGCCGCAGCGAUGACGGAACUCCAAAUGCGAGUACGGCACCCGCUCGUGAUUGUCCUGCCAAUCUAGGCUCGAGAGAUUAUCAGGAAACCUCUCUCAGCAACCAGUCGGAAACUAUUGUUACGACAGGACAACCACAAGCCAAUGAGCCGGAUGUGUUGAUGCAACAAUACAUCCGAAAUUGGACACCCGGUCUCGACUUCCUUCCAAAUUUUGAUGAAAUGUCAGACCCAAGCACGGGUUUCUGGACGGGUGACAUGAACACAGAUACGUUCUUGCAGAAUCUCUUUGACGGACUAGCUCCUAUGUCGUUUUGA